UAUUAUCGCCCUUUCGUCCCCACCGCAGUCGGCGAGCCGUCAACCCGUUCUGUGCAUUGACAUUUAAGUUUUAAUUAUUUAAAAAAGCGAACAAGUGAAAGUUCAAAAUUAUGAGUUCUGUGGGAAAGAAAAAAGUCUGCUACUACUACGACAGCGACAUCGGCAAUUAUUACUAUGGCCAGGGUCACCCGAUGAAGCCGCACAGAAUAAGGAUGACGCACAACCUUCUCCUCAACUAUGGGCUGUAUAGGAAAAUGGAAAUCUACAGGCCACACAAAGCUACGGCUGAGGAGAUGACCAAGUUCCACAGCGACGAGUACAUCCGGUUCCUCAGGAGCAUCCGGCCUGACAACAUGGCCGAAUAUAAUAAACAGAUGCAGAGGUUUAAUGUCGGUGAGGAUUGUCCCGUUUUCGAUGGUCUGUACGAGUUCUGCCAGCUUUCUGGCGGCGGGUCCGUAGCAGCAGCAGUUAAACUCAACAAGCAGGCAGCAGACAUAUGCAUCAAUUGGGGUGGCGGGUUGCAUCAUGCCAAAAAAUCUGAAGCAUCUGGAUUCUGCUAUGUGAAUGACAUAGUUUUAGGAAUUCUCGAAUUGCUUAAAUAUCACCAAAGAGUCUUGUAUAUCGAUAUCGACGUCCAUCAUGGUGAUGGUGUCGAAGAGGCAUUUUACACUACUGACAGAGUGAUGACUGUGUCAUUUCACAAAUAUGGUGAAUAUUUCCCAGGAACAGGAGAUCUCAGGGAUAUUGGAGCUGGAAAGGGGAAAUAUUAUGCAGUUAACAUCCCACUGAGGGAUGGAAUGGAUGAUGAAAGCUAUGAGUCAAUUUUUGUACCAAUAAUAACCAAAGUGAUGGAGACAUUCCAACCAAGUGCCAUAGUCCUGCAGUGCGGGGCAGACUCUCUCACCGGCGACCGCCUUGGCUGUUUCAACCUCACAGUUCGCGGUCACGGGAAGUGCGUCGAAUUUGUCAAAAAGUACAAUUUACCUUUGCUGAUGGUGGGAGGUGGCGGUUACACAAUACGCAACGUCUCGCGCUGCUGGACAUACGAGACGUCAAUUGCCCUCGGCACGGAAAUUGCCAACGAACUGCCUUAUAAUGACUAUUUUGAAUACUUCGGCCCUGAUUUCAAGCUGCACAUCUCCCCCUCAAAUAUGCCCAAUCAGAAUACGCCAGAAUACCUUGAGAAAAUCAAGACAAGGCUGUUUGAAAAUUUAAGAAUGCUUCCGCAUGCUCCAGGCAUUCAGGUCCAAGCAAUUCCCGAAGAUGCAGUCAAUGACGAUUCUGAUGAUGAGGACGUCAAGAUAAACCCAGACGAACGGCUCAACCUGGCCAUACAAGACAAGCACAUCUCAGGCGACAACGAGUUCUCAGAGUCGGAGGAUGAGGGUGAAGGUAACAGAAGAGACAACCGAAGCUACAAACAGAGAAAGCGGCCCAGGAUCGAAGGGUCGGACGGCAUUGAAAUGAAAACUGACAAGAACGACAAGGCCCAAGCCGACGAGCCCAACAGCAAAUCAGGCUCCACUGUGUAAAAAGUACAACACUUAAGUUCCACAACCCUCACCUUUAUCAUUGAAAGUCAGCUGUAAAUAAUAUAAAUGUAAAAAGUUUUGUUUAUAUUUUGUAAAUUAUAAAUAAUUUCUUUUAA